ACUUGGAGGAGUGAAAACAUCUGGCGGCACCGGUGUGGUUUCAUACCUGACUUGUGUGGAGAACUAUUAUCCCUGAAAGUUCUUUCUAAAACACACCAGUCUCCUGUAACAGUAUUCUGAUUUAAAAUGGCUGACUGGAGUCCGAUUGCGAAGGUGUACGACCCGCUGAAAGCUGGCAGCAUCGACGGCACGGACGUGGAGCCCCAUGACCGGGCGGUCUGGAGGGCUAUGGUGGCCCGAUACAAGCCCAACAAAGGCGUCGUUGGAGACCCACUGCUCACACUUUUUGUGGCCCGGUUGAAUCCACAGACAACCGAAGAUAAACUGCAUAAAGUAUUCUCCAAGUAUGGAGAUAUCCAGCGACUCCGGCUGGUCCGGGACAUCGUCACGGGUUUCUCGAAAGGAUAUGCUUUCAUUGAGUACAAAGAGGAGCGGUCUGUGGUCCGGGCCCGCCGGGACGCCAACAAGCUGGUGGUGGACCAGCACGAAGUGUUUGUGGAUUUUGAACAGGAGAGGACGCUUAAAGGAUGGGUACCGCGGCGGCUCGGCGGCGGGCUGGGAGGGAAAAAGGAGUCUGGGCAGCUGCGGUUCGGCGGCAGGGACAGACCUUUCCGUAAGCCCAUUAAUCUUGGGGUUGAUCCGGGACAGGACUGGGGAGGUGGUGGAGGGAGAGAGAGGGAUAGACAAGGGGCGCGAGUCAGGGAGGACCGGGACCGACACAGAGCAGAGUGGGGCAGUGGAGGAAGGAGAGAUGACCGGGAUAGAGGCCGAGAGUGGGAUGACCGCAGGCGUGGAGACAGGAGCAGGCACCGGGACCGGAGAUGAAGCAUGUGCUUACACUCCAGUGGUACUGGAAGACUGACGGAUGGUUCAAAGUUCAGUGCAGCUGACUGCUUUAAAAGGAGGGACCCGAGUGUGUGACUUAGAUAUUUCUAUUACUGAUUACCUUGUUUUUGUGUGCUGAUUGUCAGGUUUCCCUCGUGAUGGUUUUUCAGAUUGCACUGUAUGGUAAUCAGCUGUUUGCCUGUAACUGACUUAUUCAGUAUUUCUCAGGGAAAUUUUACACUUCCUAUAGUGUAAGCACAUUUGUAAAACUUAAUUUUAUUUCUCAAAAUAAAAAUUUUAUAAAUGCACUCAUCAUUAUAGCGAAAAACUUUUCUUUUUAAAUUAUAAUACUGAUUGUAGCCAGCCAAGUGAUGCCAAACACCACAGGUGUCAAAAAUGAGGCCUGGGGGCCUCAAUCUGUCCAGUUAAGACUCCAGUCCGGUCCACUGGACAGCUUUGGAAAGUGUGAAGGAGGGCAUAAAUUCUGGGUUCAGGAAAGUUCCUGUUUUUUCAGUAUGAACUAUAGAAUUUUUGUUUGCUCUAAUUUGUUUUACAAUUGGUCCACAGUUAAAAAAAACAGAAAAGUAAAGAACCAAAUUUGAUGCAAACACAUUUGCUCUGUUACAAACUCUGUUUCAUGUAAUUAUUUAUUUACUGGCAUACACAUGCAGGGCAGGCAGUUGAAUCGAAUGCUUACUCAGCUCGGCCGUCUGAUCAUCAGUCCUGCGCAUUGAGGCAGAUCAGCAAUUAGUUAUGAGUCACUGGGUGGAUUCUCAAGCUGACCACAAAUAUUUCACAAGCCAUCAAUAAGAAAGAGGUCCAGAAAUGACUCUUGUGUUGUAUUAGAAGGUGCUGGAAACGGCUGAUUCACUCUAAGGCUUAUGUAACGGAAAAAACUAAAGAUUGAAGUGACUUUUCUUUUUAAGUAUGUUCUGAACUGAGUGGUAAACUGUGGAUAAUAGUGCUAUUUAUUUAAAAAAAAAAAAAGAGACAGUGAAGUUGGUGCAAGUACAUGUCAUAAAAACACCAAAAAUAAAAAAAGAUUUCCCACUGGUUUAUGUUUAUUACUGUUUAUUACUGUUAAAUAUGACUUUUUGACAUUUAUUAUUAAUUAUGCAUG